AUGGUCGACAAAAAUUCAGGACUUGAGUCCGCAAAGAAGGCGGAUGUGACUCCUAAAUCUGUUACAUCUCACAAGCGCAAGAGAGAUCACCAUGGCUCCCAGCCUGCCGCAACGCCCACGCCGACGAAGAAGCCCAAGAAACGCGAAAGCUUGCCGAUCAGAGAGGCCCCCGCUGUCGGCAGCGCCAAAACACACAAGCGUCUCAAGGAUGCGCUCCAAGGAGAUACUUCUCCGGAGGCGUCCCGGGAAGAAGGUUCUCUCUCGUCAGACCGCAGCAAAACGGCUGUUGCAGACUCACGUAACCGCCUCGGUGAAACAACGAAGAAAACAACGAAGAGCAAACGAAAGAGCACAGGAAACGAUAAUAUCUCGGAUGAUGCGGCUGCGUCUGUGACCGGAGGAAUGGGCGAUGAGGUGGUCGAGGCGCCCGAAGCCGAACAGCGCAAACCAAAGAACAAGCAUGCGGGCAUUCUGUCGAAAUUUGAGCGCACCAAGACGGUCUCCAGCGCUAAAGCCAAGAAGGCUGAACCCGAAGCUGUUCAAGAUGAAGUCCCUGCGGUCGAGGCUGUCUAUGCACAGGGUCUUGAACGACUGCCUCAGCCCGAAAAUCCGCCCGAGCUAGAGCAACUCCCAACAUAUUCAUCUCUACCCGCCUGGCUGGCCAACCCGUUGCGCAAAUCAGCCCAAGACACGCAGAAGUUCUCAGAGCUUGGAAUCAAGCCGGACUUACUUAAGAUCCUCGAACAACAUAAUUACGACGAAGCUUUUGCUGUCCAGUCAGCUGUCAUUCCCCUCCUACUGCAAGGCGCGCAGAACCACCCCGGAGAUCUCUGUAUCUCUGCCGCGACUGGAUCAGGAAAAACACUUUCCUAUGUUCUCCCACUAGUCACUGCUUUGCCGCCGAGACCUGCCUCUAGGCUGAGGGGGUUGAUUGUAGUCCCUACCCGAGAGCUCGUGAAGCAAGCCCGCGAGACCUGUGAACUAUGUGCUUCUGGAUCCAAACUUCAUAUCGGGAGUGCGGUCGGUAAUGUGGCUAUUAAAGACGAGCAGAAACUAUUGAUGCGUGUGGACCAAGUCUACAACCCAGCUAUUCGGAAACAACAACACGAUGGACUGAAAGGAAACGACUGGAUGAAUUUGAGCCUGGAAGAUUGUGUCAGCGUGGCAGUUGGCUCUACUGACUCUCUUCCUGGUCAUAUCCAGCAGUGCGAGCCUAACAUCGACAUCCUCAUUUGCACUCCUGGUCGCCUGGUGGACCACAUUCGCUACACCAAGGGAUUCACCCUGAAAUAUCUCGAAUGGCUUGUGAUUGAUGAAGCCGAUCGUCUCCUGAACGAAAGUUUCCAGGAGUGGGUAGAUGUCGUUAUGAACUCGCUGAACAGUCGACAGGCCCCUGAGACCUUUGGGCCUGGUGGCAAGCUUCUGUCCGAACUUGGCCUUGCGAUCGAUGCACAGCCUCCUAGAAAGGUGGUUCUGAGUGCAACAAUGACCCGUGACAUCUCCAAGCUCAAUUCUUUGCGUCUUGCCAACCCUAAGAUGGUCAUCAUCGGGUCUGAGGAAACUGUUGAUCAAGAAGAUCCUUAUGCUAUUCAUCCAGAUGCUCACUUUGCCCUGCCUCCAACGCUCUCCGAGCACAUUGUGCAAGUUGGCGAUGGAUCCCUCAAGCCGCUCUAUCUAUUGCGUCUUCUUUUGUCUCACAUCGAGAUCAGUGGAGACCGCGCUCUUCAUGUGUCUGAUUCAUCCGACCCUGACACCUCCAGCAGCGACGAUGACACUAGCUCUGAUGAUGAUUCCAGUUCUGAUGAGUCUGAUGACGACACGUCAUCUUCUGGGUCAGACUCGGAGGAUUCGGACUCCGACUCUGACUCCGACUCGUCUGCCGAUUCCUCCAGUUCUUCGGACUCGUCUGACUCAGAAUCAGACGCCAUGGAUCUCGUCCCUGAGCCAUCGCGUAAGACAGUUCUCAUCUUCGCCAAAUCAUCUGAGUCGGCCUCUCGACUUUCACGUCUCAUCUCUCUCCUGCAUCCCCCACUGGCCAAGCGCAUUGGGACUAUUAUCAAAUCCAACAAGUCGUCCGCCUCUCGUAAAACACUGACUGCCUUCCGACAAGGCCGCAUCUCAGUGAUCGUGGCUACCGAUCGCGCCUCUCGUGGUCUCGAUCUUCCGUCUUUGACCCAUGUUAUCAACUACGAUGUUCCGAGCAGCAUCACUACUUACGUCCACCGAGUUGGACGUACAGCUCGAGCUGGCCGCCAAGGUUCUGCAUGGACUCUCGUCGCUCACCGUGAAGGCCGCUGGUUCGCCAACGAGAUCGCAGCUAGUGUAGAUGGCCGGAUUACACGUACUUCCAACAUUGACCGCGUUCAGAUCAAGGCUGAUGCACUGGACUCACUCAAGUCCAAGUACGCAAAGGCUUUGGAUAAGCUCGAGCAAGAAGUCAAGCGCGGGUAG